UGUCCCUUCCCACAAUCCCGUCGUUGUCUCCGAGGUUUGGUUUCUCUGAGUUCUUCAGAUUGUUGAUGGUGUUGAUGGUGUUUAUCAGGCUCCGGAAAACUCCGCCACUUUUCGGAGGUUUCCCAGCAGCAGACAGGUGACAGGUGACCUGUCGGACUCACGCGCUCGCGGGGACCAAUCGGCUCGCUUGAAAAGAUGAUUGACGUCCGGUAAGAGCCAAUGAGCGGUCGGCUCAGACUGCAGCGCCGCUAUAAGAGCGUGAGUCAAUCUCUCCUCAGCCGUCUCCGGUCUCGGUCGUCUCGGUCCCUGCAGGCUAGUCGGGAUUUGCUGAUGUUGCCCCGCCACCUCCGGGGGUCUGUCAGCGUUCCUCCUCGGUCGGACCGGUAUUUGCAGGUUUUACCCGGUGCUUCGGCUCAGGUGCUCACCGUCCGACAGCCGGCAUGAGAGCCGGGAGUCCGGCGCUGUCGGCGGGCAGGAGGGGGAGGAGGACCAGCGGCGCCCCGACCCCGAGAAGCCGGGGCAUCUGCGGCCAUCUACCGGGCUUCUCCCGGAACAAGAGCCCGUCGGCGGCGGUGGCGGAGGACCCGCGGGUCCCGGUCGUCCUGCUGCAGGACAUGAACCUGUGUUACCGGCUGCUGCGGCAGCUGGUGCCCGGUCUGCCGCCCGGACGGGCCGCCAGCAGGGUGGAGAUCCUGCAGCAUGUCAUCGACUACAUCCUGGACCUGCAGACCGAGUUAGACGCCUCCUGCCCGCCCAGAGACCCAGGAGAGCCACAGCGGGAAAAACAGCACCGACAGCGGCCAGAGAGCGGCCACAGCCCCGGCGUCAGGACCCGCACCUGCCAGGUAGGAGACAGGGUGGUGAAGCAGCUGAAGCUCAUCUGCUUAUUGAUCAGUCCAGUGAUUUCACCCAAAAAGAUCCAGAGGUGGAGGAAGGCUGGACGCUGCUGCGCUGACACGGUGUUUGAAAGAACCAGAGUUUCAGACUCGUCCCCUUUUUUUAUUUUACCACCGUGGGAUGAUUUUGGUUUUCACCAGGACCUCGACGCAGCCUUUCUGCAGGUCUUAUCCGAACUGGGUGACUGAGACUCUUCGGACAGAUGAGCUCGCGUUUGUUUGAAUCUCAUCACAGAAACAUCUGGCAGCUAAAAUCAGAAUUUUUGAUUCCAGCUCUGGUUUGGAUCAAGUCUGGAUUAAAUCGGUUAAACUC